AUGUCAGCCCCGGUUUCAAAUCAAGUCGACAACCUCGGCAAGAGUGUCGCUGUGCUUGAUGCCAGCGUCAGCCCCGAUGGGCAGAUUGGCUCGUCGCAAUUCCUUGACGCUGUCGACUCCCUGCUUCAGGUUUUCGACAUUGUGGAAAACGAUCCCCUCGAGGGGGGAAGGAAUUCCUGUGAGGAAAAUGUCUCGAAAAUUCGAAAUGCAAUGCAAUCCCUCCCAGGCCAGGCUGCAUACGUUCAAACUCUUAUUCAGGCCGAACGAGCUAGUGGACAACAUGAGGCGACUGAAGCCCUCCUGUGGCUGACGCGCGGUCUCGAGUUUUACGUCGCGUCGGUGAGGCGCAUUGCGAACAACACAUCCGAGAAGCUGUCCGCCAGCAUCGUGGACGCCUACAAAGACACGCUCAAGAAGCACCACGGCUUUGUCGCCAAGACGGCCAUCAAAGUAGCCGUGUCCAAGACGUGUCCAACUCGCGACGCACUACUCCGUAAGCUGGGUCAAGACCCCACGAUGGUCGUGAACGCUCUGCAAGCCUCUGCGACAAGCUUCGAGCGCGUAUUGCACGUUUUGGCCCCGUUCCUCGCAAGGAGCGACAUCAAGUUCUAG